GGGAGCAAUUAGAAACCAUUGAUAGACAGAGGCUCCGAGCUUCAGAAUCAAAAGAUUUAAUCGAAUAUUUCAUGGCAUUUAAUAAAGGUGACAUAUCAAGAUUGGAAAACUUAAGGACACAAGGGACCGAAGGUCAAUUUAAGGCUUCUAUUAUCGCUAGAAGAUUGAAUAUUAUUGCAAAAGAAGUGGAUAUUCCCGGUGCAGAAGAUGCAGGGGCGCGUAUCGAAAAAUAUUGUGAAGUCUUGGAGAAAGAGUUACUUGAUCAAUUCGAUAAGGCAUAUAGACAAAAAGAUGUCAAAACCAUGCGUAAUUGCGCAAAAAUCCUUCAAGAAUUUAAUGGUUGUGAAUCAUGUGUAAAAUUAUACGUUAAUCAGCAUGAAUUUUUUAUCACAAAAGUAAAUCUUAGUCAAUCAAACGAAUUUUUGACAAGUUCAAGGUAUUUACUUUUUCAAUUUAUUGGUUACAUUUAUGAGAGCCUUGAUCAAGUUAAAAAAAACUUAGUCUAUACAUUUGGAAGUUGGAAUGACUUACCAAAUCCUCAGGUACCGCCUCCACCCGUCGAUCAAGGACUUAUUAAUCUUUAUCAAGAGAUUAGAACAACUGUUAAUCAAGAGGCUCAAAUCAUAAACGUUGUUUUCCCUGAUCCGGUUGGAGUCAUGCAAGUUUUCUUACAGCGUAUUUUUGCUCAAUUGAUCCAAACUUAUCUCGAAAGUCUUCUGUCACAUGCUGAAAGUAAUUCAACUUUAGCUUAUUUACGUAGUUUGGUAGCUGCACAUACUGCGACAAAAGAACUCGUUGAAGACUUGAAAGGCUUAGACAUGCGUCAGAAAGGUUUAUCUGAUACUAGCUAUUUGGAUGCAAAUGAUGCAUCACAACAAAAUAGUGGUACCAUUGCUGAAAUAUUAGAACAAUGUAUUCGAGAUUUAUUUGUUCCAUAUACCGAAGGUGACCGUUAUAUUGAAAAGGAAAAAAAAUCAUUAGGAGAAUUAUAUUCAUCCUUACUAUUGCAGUUUACAGCUUAUCAUACUCAACAAAAACAAUUACGUGCAGGUAGCUUGCUUGGUCGAGCAUUUAAUCAGAUAACAUUAUCUUCUAAUACAAAUAUUAUGGAUGUUCUGACCACUGAGGAUGAUGGAAACUUGUCAAUUAAUACUGCCAUGUUGAUUCUCAAAAUACAUGCUGAAGCAAUAAGGCGUGCCGUGAAGCUUAGUCCAUUUACUGAAUUGCCAAAAUUCGCGGGAGUACUGUUUUACGUCCUUCUAGAGUAUAUCGGAAAGCAAUAUGUUGAAACUGCUUUGGACACUUGUCUUGAUCAAAUUUCCGUGAUGGAUCCAAAAUCAGAUCUUUAUUUUAAAUCGUUUUCUGUAAUUAAGGUCGCAGGAGAUACUAUACAUUUAGCACAAAAUCAUUUUCAGUCUGCAAUUCUUCCUUUGGCUUCUCCGUCAUUGACUAUGCAUCGCGACCUUACCUCUGAUAAAAAUAGAUUUAUGAUGGGUGUAGAAAAUAAAAUCAAUUCGACUGUACAAAAAAUGAUUGAUGCUAUUAUUUCUAGGUUGAAUUAUUUAUUAUCUCGUCAGAAAAAAGUCGAUUUUCGACCUAGGGAUGAGGAUGAUGUGAUUGCAAGUCUAGCAACUGCGCCUUGUAAUAAUUGUGUUGAAUGUCUAAAAAAGGUUCACGCAAAUGUUAGUAAGUGUCUUGAUAGCAAGAAUAUGGAACAUUUCUUAACUGAAAUAGGAAAUUCAUUUCACAGCAUGCUAUUAGAACAUUUCAAAAAGUUUAGUGUGAGUCCGGCUGGUGGUUUGGUUUUAACAAAGGACAUUGCUAAAUAUCAAGAAACUAUUACUCUUUUUAAAAUUCCUCAGUUAGACGAACGAUUUGAAAUGCUUCGUCAACUUGGCAAUUUAUUUAUUGUCAAGCCUGAAAUUUUGAAAUCUGUACUUAAUGAAGGAUACCUCGCCAAAGUAGAUAUCAAGUACAUACUUCCUUAUCUUCAAGCUCGUACAGAUUUCAAAUCAGCUGGAAUUGACGCGCUUCUCG